AUGUCUAAGCACCUGGUCGACAUGGCGUCCAAGCAAAAAGACGUCAUGUUUAACAUGUUGUCAUUAAAGCACAAAUUAUUGAUCCCAGAAGAAGAAUGUGGAAAAUGUAAACAACAUACUAAAGAUUGGUUAAUUAUUAACGCCUGUCAUCAUGUACUCUGUAUAAAUUGUGCAAAAAUUGAAGCUACAGGUACGACUUGCUGUCAGAUUUGUAAUAUCAUGUUCGAUCCAAAUACACAAGUCAGUACAGUUACUGAAAUGAAAAUAGCAUUUUCUCAAAUUGAAGAUUUAGUGUGGAAAGUAAUUGCAUUAGAGAGUGGAACGUUGGACGAAUUAUAUCCUGAUGAAGAAUUUAAUAACAAAAUAAAACCAGACAUGAUUCAUAUUAACACAAUUAAAUCGUCAAUACAAAACCAAUUGUCUAAUCAAAAUACUGAAUCGCACGGGGAAUCUUAUUUAAAUUUAUCUCAAUCAUCAGUAGAUCUAUUUGAAGAGACAGAGGACAUUGAGAUUCUUGAAGAAGAUAAUCAUAAUUACUAG